AUGCUCGAGACCAUUUCUGGGCCCUGGAGUCUGUUCGAAGGUCUAUUCUAUGAGUCAGUAGAGGGUGGUCUCGUCACUUGGUCCAGUCCACACUCCAAGUCUGUCCAACUCCACGUCCCUCGAAAUCUCUCAGACGCAGCCUCUUCAGUCGGGCCGAGAGGACAAGAGGAAAUGACUGUUGUCAGUGCAACUCACUCUGCCUCGUGGCCAUGGACUCGCAGGCUUGACGAUUGUCGUCAACGCGUCAGUGGACCGGUGACCACAAAGUCGGUCAUGUCCACCCUGCCGGCCAGUCUGUCGACGUGUCAGGCAGCGCAUAACUACAGAUUUGUCAGCUACACUCACGGAAUGGGACAUUUUUUGCCGGUCUCCAUCACUCCGGUCAGAGCGACAGAAUCGGCCGGACAGAUAACCAGGCAACCGCGCGAAUAUAACCAAUCAAUCCGGACACGAAGGCACUUCAACUUCAGCCUCGCAUCACAUCGCAUCGCCUCGCCCCUCGUCCCGGCUUUCGGUCUUGCCUUCUUGCCUGCUUCUGCCUCCUCUAUCCUCAUUUUCCCGUCCAUUCCGACGGCUCUCCUGCCUACGCCAAACCUGCGGUUUUGCGGUUUCGUCAAGUCGUGCGAGCCAAUUGGGUUUAAUCUGGCCGAUACCCGCCACUCUCUACCUCCCUGCCAUCUCACGGCCUCGUUUCCCUCAGUCCCA